GUCUUAGAACUUAGCUGUCAAACGGUGUUUAUCGAUUUGCUCCAGAACCGACUCCUGCAUUUUCGUUUUGUACUUCGCCGAGUUUCAUUCAGUUCUCGUUCUAUCUGGACCCUUCAAAAUGUCGUAUCAGUUAUACCGAAACACCACCCUCGGAAACACCCUCCAGGAAAGCCUUGAUGAGUUAAUUCAGUACGGGCAGAUCACGCCGCAACUCGCCUUCAAAGUCCUCCUGCAGUUCGACAAGUGCAUCAAUUCGGCGCUGUCGCAGCGCGUGAAGGCCCGCGUGACGUUCAAGGCGAACAAACUGAACACAUACCGAUUUUGUGAUAACGUCUGGACGCUGAUGCUCAACGACGUCGAGUUCCGCGAGGUCCACGAAUUCGCCAAAGUCGACAAAGUGAAGAUUGUAGCCUGCGACGGGAAAAAUGCUGUAAUAAAUGACGACGAGAGGAGGUAAGGAACCGCCGCUCAACGGGACGUCGCGUGAUCCGCCUAAUCCUUUUGUAUUCUAAGUUUCUCUCCGUAGCUGUAAACGUUGUUUGAAUUUACGUUUUGUUCUGUUUUAUAGAUUACAGUAAUCUUAGUUUUAAUAAAAUUCUUGGUGGAGUGGAAAUAAAAUGUCGCCUUUGACUGGUA